AUGCCUCCACCACCUCACAGGCGUCAGAAAUCGGUCAAGAAGGGCAUCCAAUUCACCUUAAUGGUCGUCGGCGCCUCAGGUUCCGGUCGCACCACCUUUGUUAAUACCCUGGUAGAGCAAAAAGGAUGGUUGAAUCAUUCCGAACCCAGUGACCCCGCCACAGCCCACGAGCCACGGCCUUUCAUCAAAGUCCACAAACAGACCAUCGAAUUGGAGCAGGAUGGUAUCCCUGUGCGCUUAACGGUCUGUGAUACCCCUGGAUUUGGCGAUAACAUCGAUAACGAAAUGGCCUUUUCGACGAUCUCUGAUUACUUGGAAAAACAAUGCCACGACAUCUUGGGCGAGGAGUCGCGAAUCAAACGAAAUGCUAGGCUUGAGGAUAACCGGGUCCACGCUUUGCUUUACUUUAUCCCCCCCACGGGGCAUAGCUUGAGAGAGAUGGACAUUGAGUUGAUGAAGCGCCUGUCCCCACUGGUUAACGUCAUUCCGGUCAUUGGGAAGGCUGACAGCCUCACUCUCAGUGAACUGAAAGGCUUCAAAGAACGAAUUAUGCAAGAUAUUGAACAUUAUGAAAUCCCGAUCUACAACUUUCCCUUCGACCCAGAAGAGGAUGAUGACGAUGUGAUCGCAGAAAACUCGGAGCUGAGGGCCUCUCUACCGUUUGCACUGGUAGGCUCAGAGGAGGAAGUCGAAGUGGGUGGCGAAAUGAUCCGAGCGAGGAGGUACCCGUGGGGGAUCGUUGAAAUCGACAACCCGGCUCACACGGACUUCCUGAAAUUGAGGAACACUCUGCUAUCGACUCAUCUGACUGAUCUCAAAGAAAUCACCGUUGAUUUCUUGUACGAGAACUACCGAGAAAAGGCUUUGAGCCGAGGGACUGCUAAUCCAGCAGACGAGUCCAUCCCACCCGAUGAUAUCGUCAAUCGGUCCUUUAAGCUCAAAGAAGAACAGCUCAGGAAAGAAGAAGAAAAGUUGAAAGAGAUCGAGCUCCGCGUCCAACGUGAAAUCAGCGAGAAACGCCAAGAACUCUUGGCGAGAGAAGAAAGCCUUAGAAACAUGGAGGCUCGUUUGGCGCAAAGUGCCAGCGAGUUGAGUCCGAGAUGA